AUUCAUUUUUCUAACCAGUGCCAGAUGUGCGAGUGUGCGUGCGUCAGUGCGAGUCUGUCAGCGCAUGUGAAUAUCCGCUGAAGGGGAGGGAAAGAAGAACCGCGUGGAUCUUUUUUUUAAUAUAACUUUUUAGGUAUGAACGCGGAUACGUGCGUCUCAUACUGCGAUAUGACAUCGAUGGAUUCGUAUUAUAGCGCAGCACAGGGCAGGGAUCAGCAGGCGAACCCGUUCAGGACUUUCCCGACCAGUGAAACCAAAUACAGCCCUGCGUUCGUUCCGGGGAAAGGGCAGGCUUACGGGGAGAAGUCCCGGAGUCCCUUCCAACAGGAGUGCCAGUCACUGGAUGGAGCGGAGGAGGGCACCUUCAACAAAUAUCAGCUGUUCGUGCAGAGGCCGAGCUGCAAAACUCCUCCAGAAGGAAACAAAGUGCACCCGGACGGUACGCACAACGGCACGCUCAUUCCCUGCUAUGUAAAAGACAGCAGUGGCCUGACAGAGACUGAGAUGUCCCAGAAUGUCGACCCUCCUGGGAUGGAAGGCACAUACCUGAACCUAAAGGAUCCCGGAGUAAAGGGUCCAACCGAUCGUCCAGGCUCUGACCUUUCCAGCCCUCUGGACAAAAGUGAGGCAGAGAGCAACAAAGGCAAGAAAAGACGCAAUCGCACAACCUUCACCAGCUACCAGUUGGAGGAACUGGAGAAGGUUUUCCAGAAGACACACUAUCCAGAUGUUUAUGCCCGUGAGCAACUGGCGCUGAGGACGGACCUGACAGAGGCUCGUGUACAGGUGUGGUUUCAGAAUCGCAGAGCCAAAUGGAGGAAACGUGAGCGUUUUGGUCAGAUGCAACAGGUCCGGACACACUUCUCUACUGCCUACGAACUGCCUCUACUCACUCGGCCUGACAACUAUGCACAGAUUCAGAACCCUUCUUGGAUCGGGAGCAGCAGCGCGGCGUCCCCAGUGCCAGGCUGUGUGGUGCCUUGUGACUCAGUCCCUUCCUGCAUGCCCCCUCAUCCUCAUGGUCCUGGAGGUGUCUCUGAUUUUCUGGGUGUACCCAGCCCAGGAAGCAGUCACAUGGGACAGACACAUAUGGGCAGCCUUUUUGGGGCUCCUGGAAUGGCUGGGGGAAUCAAUGGGUAUGAUCUUAAUGUUGAUCCAGAUCGCAAGUCCUCCAGCAUAGCUGCACUGCGCAUGAAGGCCAAGGAACACAGUGCAGCCAUUUCUUGGGCGACAUGAUGUCCCAGCUGAGGUUCAGCCAUAUUCCCCUUACAGCCCCUUCUCUAGAGCAGCCGCGGUAAGGGAGAGGAGGGAGCGUUCUUGAAAGCACUAAUGAUAACAGCGGUCAGAUGAACAGGGAGAUACUGUUGAGAGAACAAAGGUCCUUACAGCGGCCAAUGCAACCAAGAUAACAACUGUGACUAUGACAAUCAGCAGAUGCUGAGAAGGAGAGAAAUACAGAGGUGUGCCUUAGACGAAGAUGUCACUUAGUGUUCAGUCUCGAGUCCUUGAUCUGUAUUCUCACAGAAAUAUGGGGUGUAAGCUACAGUACAGGCAGAAAUAUAUCACUAGAAACUGAA